UUCUGUGACAAGAGAAUGUCGCAGAAAAGUAAGAUUCCCAUGUCCAAAGGGGACAAGACGAAGAGUGUGCAGGGUGUCUCAUCAUCAGGAGCCGCCAGAAGAACCACUCCAGGAAGAACCAGAAUGUCGGAAAGGUUCACCACAUCUUCCUAUGGAAACACCAGAGGGACUUCCAAACCUAGUGAUUCCAAAAGUUCUUCCACUCUUACCAAAACCUCCACAAGUGCUAAGCAGAUGGCGGGAGGCAGUGGUGCUAAAGUGGCUUCUUCCACUAAAGCUUCUGGUGGUGGAAAAAUGGCUGGAUGCAAGGUGUCGUCCGCAUCAAAGAUUGACAAAUUGUCUCCAAUUAGUGACAAAUCCCCCACAGGUAGUAAAGCAGAAUCCGACCAAUCACCUGUGAACGAUGAUGAGAACUCGCCAAUAGAGACGGGUGAGAGAGAUUUGGUGGCGGAUCCAAUGUCAACUUCGUUGGUGAAGAAACAUGAUUCAGGGAUAGAAUCUGAUGGCUCCAACAUGGAUAAAAGUGAGAUAUUUCUGGAGUCAGAUUUUGUGGAUACUCCGGUUUCUAAGUCCUCUCGUGUGAGUAAAAUUUGUGAGAGUUUGAUUAGUUUUUCUAGCAUGGACAGUGGGAAUUAUGAUGGUAUAACUGCCAUGGUGGAUGAUGGUUUGGAGAAUAGUACCACACCUUCGACCUCAGCUUCCAAUUCAGUGUCAACUUCUGGGGAAAGUAAAAGUGAUGCGUCUGUGAUAAGUGUGAUUGAGAUUCCUGGAGGGGAUUCACAGGAGAAAUUAAAUGAAAAAGCCACCGGUGAUAAAAUGCCUUCUCUUGCCAUUGAGGACAAAGUUAGCAAAAUUGCCAGCGUAGAUGUUCAAAUCCAAGGGAAACUGAAGAUAUACACAGACUGGGCCAAUCAUUACUUGGAGAAAGCCAAAAACAAGCACACCAUCAGUGACCUUCAGCAGGACGUCUCAGACGGGGUACUUCUGGCCGAGGUCAUCGAGGCCGUCACUAAUGACAAAAUUAAAGACAUAAAAUCCAAACCAAAGAACACUGCUCAAAUGGUAGAUAACAUUAACAAGUGCCUAGCAUUCCUUGCAGGCUUAGGAGUCAACAUAGAGGGACUUUGUGCUAAAGAUAUCAAGGAUGGGAAUUUAAAAUCCAUAUUAGGACUGUUCUAUAGUUUGUCUCGCUACCAGCAGCAGCAGAAGGCGAAACUUCGACAGGGCCAGGAACACGCGCAAGCAAAGGCCCAGCCAGGGGAGAGCACUCCUGACAACCACCAACUCUCACAGCAGGGCAGAAACACACCCCAGCUCAAUGGAGGCGAAUCUCUAUCCAGGUUACCAUCUCCGUUCAACAAGGGAAGCAAAUGUCCAACGAUAACAAACCCUUCCUGCAAAGACAGUGGAUCUCACAGUAAUUCCAAUCUCAACAACUCACGUAGCAGUCGCUCAACUCCCACUUCCAGUGAUAGAAAUAAAGCUCAACUCAACCAACAGAACAACAACGUCACCUCAGGUUCAUCUUUUAUAAGUGCCAAAAACAACGUCAAUAACAACCCAGCGCCCUCGGCUUCACAACGGGCAACCUCCCCAGGAUCCUCAGCUACCUCAGGAAUACCGAUCCCCGGGGGUCGAAGUUUGGCACACCCCCGCUCUGGUGACAAGUCAGGUGGUGGAGGUAGAGUGGUCAGCACUGGAAGCACCACCUCCACAAGUUCCUCCGCCUCGGGCAAAAGCACCUCCCAGAAAGGGGCGGUAACCACCAACAAAAACUCUAUGUUAGACAAAUUCAAAUUCUUCAAUUCCAAGGACAAGUCGAAGACUAAGAGUAGUCUCCCAAAGAGUGCCUCUAAACAGAGCACAACUAGCACAGGAAGUACAUGUUCGAGCAGUGACCGGGACUCGCGGGCGAGCGACCGGCAGUCGUCCGCGAGUGCGCGCAGCUCGAGUUCCACUGACCCUGGAACAUGUGGUAGCAGCACACCCUCAAAUGACUCUGGGAGCCCCAAGCUCCCUCCCAAAACCAAGUCCCUCAGUAAAGGGGGAUUUGGGGGGAGGGAUAAGGGUGGGAGCAUUCUUACUGCUGAAGAUGUGUCAGCCAAACAUAGGGGGUCGCCUUCUCCAACUCCAUCGUCACAUUCGUCGACAUUACCCACGAGUAACAAGAAAAGUAGUGCUAAAAGUGACAAACAUGACAAAGCCGGUCAGAAGAGUUCCAAGAUUGGGAGUUUAAUUCCAAAGACAUCGUCUUCCUCAGGAGGAAAGUCCAAAUCACCAUCUUCUGCUCCAUCAAGUGGUAUUCCAACUCCCUCAAGUAGCAUUCCAAAACCAUCCUCCUCUGGUAGCAAGUCAAUGAAAAGUAGUCGGGAGGACUUGAAGAGUAGCAAAGAUGAGAGGAGCAGAUCAAGAGACUCAAAUUCAUCGGGAAGUGCUCAAAAAUACAAUGUGCCAUUACCAUCUACCCCUUCCAGCAAUAUUCCAUCAGCAAGAUCUAUGCAAAAUCAUCACUCUCAAAUCCCUGGGUGUUCAACACUGCCAUCUUCAUCAUCUCACAACAACAGCCAUUCACAGCACGGCUUACAUCAGAGCAAGGAGCACCCAGACCAAUCAAAAUCAAGGGACCAUCACUCCCAUUCAAAGACACUGGAUCCCAGAAUGCAACAUCAGGAGAAGUCGAGAUACACGGAAGUUGAGUACACAGAUGGAAGGUUAGAGCGUGUAGGUGAAGGUCACAGUUCAAAACCCAGUCAGCUGCCACUGAACAAUACUAGACUGCCAACCCCGUUUAGCUCCAACAACACACAACAUCCAAACCACCAUGAAACAGGUCUCCACAAUAAUUCGCAGCACAACAGGAGAAAUAGUGGUAACGGUGCUGCUGCAGAGGCGAAUCAUGUUAUCUCUGCUUCCUCUCAGACAAUUAAUGUUGUCAAGCCUACCUGUUCGGUAGCCACCCCCUCAAAUGUCUUAACAAAGUCAGAUGGGAAUGCACAGACUAACCACACGGUGCUGAACAGGGCUCUUCCUCCGCCCCUGCCAAAAACGGAGCCCCCUCCACGAAGUGUUCCCCGGGACAAUAGUAAUCAGAGCAUAGAUAGUAACAGUGCUUCAACUUCGGCUUCUGGACAUAAUAGUGAUUCUACCCCUUCGUCGUCCAGUAAUAGUGGGAAAAGUGGGCAAAGUCAUUCUUCGAGUGAAAGUGUUAUUUAUAAACCCUCUAGUGGUGACGAGUUUUCUGGAUCAGAGAAAAGUGCUACCAAUUCACCACAUCUAGGAUUAAAAGUGUUACACUCGCAAUUGAACAAACCCGCUAAUAAUGUGGCUAUCGUGCAACCGCGUCACGGCGAAAAAGUGGAGACAACUUUUGAUACGGAAGUAAGGACAGAAAAAGUGACCAAAGAUUCUAAAGACGGUAGUGUUACAGUGAAAGAGACAACAUUUUCUGAGAAAACAACAACUUUUGUCGAUGAUGAAGGAGAAAAGUUGGAUAUCAAGCCAAUGGCACCGAUCACUCGGGCAAUGUCCUACGGUUCAUCCGGAUUGCUCCGGGGGUAUGGAUCCCCAGCUAACAAACUCCCAGUUCUAAACUAUCACAAUCCAGGAUAUGCGACACCAACCACAGCUUACUUUGCGAGUACCAGCAGAUUGGGAGUCAAUCGUCCAUUAAUUGAUCACGGGAAAUUCUACUCCGGACCAAUUCGGAAAGUGCCCUCCAAUGGACAAAACAGUGGAUUCGAUACGGAUUACAGUUCCGACUAUGACACUUAUGACUAUAUGUCAGGAUACAUGUCUGACGGCGACAUUCUGAAGAAUAACCAGGCCAAGAUGGAGGACAUGACCAGUGGGUACCUGAGUGAGGGUGGGGCGUCCCUCUACGCCCGCCGCCUACAGCAGAGAUUCAGGGAGGGGAUGCAGGCGGUCAAGGAAUGCAUGCAGAAAAGCAGUGGACUUCUAGAUGAUGACAGUUUUGAUGACAGCAGUUCCAUUAGCAGCGGUGACAUCAGUGAUACAAUUAACGAAAUUAGCACAGACGACGGAAACUUGACCGGAGGAAGCGAUCAGAACAACCCGUACAACAGCCUCAAGCGGACACCAAACGCCCAGGGAAUUCCAAAUGGCUACCCCGGUCACAUGCACGGCAAACGAGUCCCCAACCUCGGAACAAGCGCUUUUAUGGGAGCGGACUAUAGUAGUGAUGCUAGUCCCAUGUCUGGGUGGAGGAAAUACCCGCUACCCCAGACUAACCGUUUAUUGAGUAGUGACCCUGCUGAUUAUGCGUAUUUGUUUAAUGGCUACACUCAUGCUUCACCCAUGCAGCAUUGGGGCCAGUCCCCACCAGUGCAGGGACAAAUGAGAAAACUGUCCAACACAAGUCAACCGGACAUUAACCAUUACCGGACUCACAGUGCAGAUUACGUCGAUCCUAAUAAAUCGGGCGUGUACUCUUCCAAUAACAGUCUGUCCAAUAAGAAGGACUCGGAGACUAACACAGAGCAGUCGCAUUUAAUGGAGGCCAGUAUGAGGCGGGUGCAGCAACAAAGUGGCGGGGGUCAGGGCGGGUUCGGAUAUCGCCGUCCUCUCAGCAACACCAGCACCAGUUCAGCAGGUAGCAACAAGAGCAACGGAACAGGAGGAUCGUCCUGCUCCAAGAGCUCCACUGUCGGCAGUCGUCUGGCCAAGCACGGUGUGAUGAAUGAAAACAACGGCAUGAAGCCAGGGGAGUGCACUCCGUCUGGGAUUCCACGUCCAGGAAGUGCGGCAUCACUGCGAACGACACCACAGAGGGCCGAGGAUCUGUUCACUAGUGCCACACUAGAGAGGAAGAAAAAAGGGAUUAAUGGUGCAAAGACAAAUGGUAACAAUAUUUCUCCCCCUGAGGAACUUUAUAAGUCCAAUACUCUGGGUAGGAAUACUCAAAAAAAGAGUGGCAGCAAGGCUAGUCUUACUCGAACCCCCUCGCAGGGCGAGGGAACCCCUCUGUGCAAUAAUACUAUUAUUUCCAAUCCCCAUGCUACUUAUGGGAAAAAUGAAAUGGGAAGACCUAACAUGUAUUCCCAGUCUCUUCCCAACAUGCCACAAAACGGUGUGCCAGCACACUACGUUGCCAUGGAAUAUGGAAGUCCUCGUAAUUCGGGUUCAGGUCAGGGUGUCUGGCUUAAGAACACUAAUGGAAACAUCCCUAUGCAUAUGUCAGACACUGAAAGCAUGGACUCCAUAUCCUCUCAUGCUUCCAGUAUUCAGGCCCAGAUUCAGCAGGCUCGAGCCCUGAGUGAUGCCAGUGCUCGUAUACUCGCCCACGGAAUGAACAAUGUGGGCCUGACCCGGUCAAAUAGUCUGAAGUCCACCCAAUCAGACUCCAUCUAUGCUUCCAAUCAACACAUUGGGGAAAAUCUGACCCGCACCAACUCGUUCUCCCAGCUUCCAAGCCCCCCACCCCCUUCCUCCCCCACCCCUAGCAAUAGUUCGCAUUCCUCUCGCUUCACAUAUCCUAUGACUGCUUUUGGUGGUGGUGGGUCGUCCAUGAGCAGUGGUGGGGGAUACGCCAACCCAGUGACCCUGAAUCAGAACAUGGUCCGGUCCAACACUCAGUCCAGCCUACCCCCCUACAGUAGCCUGGCCCUCUCCAAGAUCAACAAGGAUGAGGAUGGAAGUAUUCAUGGCUCCAAUCUAUCUCUGGCAUCCUGCAGCUCUUCUGUGUAUUCCUCGGCUGAAGACAAACAUCAGCAUGAGAUUCGUAAGCUACGACGCGAACUGGAGUCGGCACAGGAAAAAGUGGUGACACUGACCACGCAACUCAGCACAAACGCCCAUGUAGUGGCAGCAUUUGAACAGAGCCUAUCCAACAUGACUGCCCGGCUACAGCAUCUGACCUCAACUGCUGAACAAAAGGCUAGCGAUAAAGUACGUCUUCGCUCCAAACAAGAAAAGGAUUCAGAGUUGAAUGAGCUAAGGGCAACUAUUGAGGCGCUGAAAAGACAGAGUGGUCUGAGUAUACCUGACCCCACGAUUCUCAGCCCCGGGGCGGGGCGUCGUCACACCUCACCGGGUAUGGUCAAUACAAACGAUUACAUCUCUAGUCCGCUCCACCAAAUCCAUCACCAAUCUCCUCACCACGGCAACCGGCCCGGGUUCAAUACCCUUCCGAUGCCCACGGAGGGCAGGAUAACACGACAGCUUUCCACCGACAGUGUGUCGAGCAUCAACAGUCUCUCCAGCGCCUGUAGCACCGCGAGCCAACAGUCUGCCGCCACGGACGGGGAAGCAGGUCGCCGCAAAAAGAAAAAGGGAUGGCUAAGAAGUUCCUUCAGCAAGGCUUUCUCCAGGAAGAAGAAUAAAAGUGGAUCCAUGUCGGAUUGCGAGUUGGAUAUGGGCAAUUCGAGGCCAAACUUCUCUGCUCCUAAUUCUCCCCUACUCCAGAUCCACAUGCCAAACGGACAGGGCCUUAUCAAAGGCUCUCACUCCUCCAGCGCUUUGUAUGAAGCGGAGGAUGCCUCUUCGGUACUGGAGUUAAAGAAACAGCUCCGUGAUAAGGACAUGAAGCUGACAGACAUCAGACUGGAGGCUCUGUCCUCCGCGCAUCAGCUGGAGCAGCUCCGCGAAACCAUGAAUAAAAUGAAGAAUGAAAUGAGUGCCUUGAAAGCAGACAAUGAUAGACUUCAAAGAAUGAUGCAUGUUCGUCCAUUAAAUUCAUCCCAGAAUUCCAUAGCUCAUAAUCGUACCAGUAGUGAAUCGUUAGAGCGGUCGCUCAGUAUUACAGAACAGCCUAGUUUAGAAAUGUUAUUAUCAGAAACUCCUGACAGAGAUGGCAAACGAGUGACCAUGACAGUUUACCUUGGUUCAAACCCAGACCCACUUAGAGAAGGAGUGGAGAGACCUGCUGAAGUAUUAAUAGGUUCUCUUUCCGUCAGCGGAAAAACAAAGUGGGACAUACUAGAUAAUAUCGUUCGAAAAAUAUUAAAGGAAUAUGUACUACGAGUUGAUCCAGUGACGAAUCUAGGGCUAAGUGCUGAGAGCGUGUUUUCAUAUCACAUUGCGGAAAUCAUCCGAACAAAGGAUGCAGAGCUGCCAGAGUUACUUCCCAUUGGUUACCUUGUCGGUGAUACUAUGCAAAUUGGAAUUUGUUUGAAAGGUACAAGACAGAACAGUGUGGAUUCCCUGGCGUUUGAGACACUGAUCCCGAAGUCCAUUGUCCAGCGAUAUGUGUCGCUGCUUCUUGAACACAGGAGGAUCAUUUUAUGUGGACCAAGUGGAACCGGGAAAACCUACCUGGCUCAGAAACUGGCUGAGCACCUGGUUUUAAGAUCUGGUAAGGAGCUGACUGCAGGCUCGGUGGCGACCUUUAAUGUGGACCACAAGUCAGCCAAGGAACUCCGACAGUACCUGGCCAACAUCGCAGAACAGUGUGAGAACACAGGGGUGGGGGAACUACCCAGUGUCAUCAUCCUGGACAACCUCCACCAUGUUGGGUCCCUUGGUGAAGUUUUCAAUGGCUUCCUCAGCGUCAAGUACCAGAAAUGUCCCUACAUCAUUGGAACCAUGAACCAAGCCACAUGUUCCACCACAAACCUUCAGCUCCACCACAACUUCCGGUGGGUGCUCUGUGCCAACCACAUGGAGCCGGUGAAAGGAUUUCUGGGAAGGUAUCUGCGACGGAAGCUGGUGGAGGCAGAGGUCAGGACUGGUAUCCGUAACAACGACCUAAACAAGAUCAUUGAUUGGGUGCCCAAGGUCUGGCUCCACCUCAACAAGUUCCUGGAGACACACAGUUCUUCUGAUGUCACUAUUGGUCCCCGAUUGUUCUUGUCAUGCCCUAUGGAGAUUUCUGGCUCUAAGGUUUGGUUCACUGACUUGUGGAACUACUCCAUUGUUCCCUAUCUUUUGGAGGCUGUCAGAGAAGGACUGCAGGUCUACGGCAAGAGAGCCCCUUGGGAAGACCCCACAGACUGGGUCUUGGAGUCGUAUCCCUGGGCAACGGCCAAGGACGAGGACCCCUCCCUGCUGAAGAUCCGCCCUGAGGAUGUAGGUUACGAUACCCAGGGGGUCAUCUCCACAUCCAGUGGGGUCGCCCUAAAAUCCAAGUCUUCUGACUCGACCAACCAUAUGGAACCUUCAACAGAUCCUUUGUAUAACAUGAUCAAACGGCUACAAGAAGCGGCUAAUUAUUCUAGCUCUCAGAGCGGACAGGAUGACGACUCCGCCAGUAUAUGUAGUCGGAGCAGCAGUGUUCAAGAUCUGUCUACAUCAAGUGUAGAAUCAACCAUCUAAAAAAACAUUCUUAAGACUUUGUAAAAUUUCUACAUGAUGCCAAGAAUUCAUUUUAAACGUUUUAAUGAAGCUGUAUGCUGUGAUCACUUAGAAGCUUGUCAACAAGUUUAUUUUGAUGGAAGGAAUUUUUUUUCUUUUAAUUUAAUUCAUGUAUAAAAUCAUGUAUUAUUAAUUUAUUUGAUUAUCAGAAUUAUUUUUGAUCUGAUUUGUAAAUAAUGUAUCAUAUUGUCAUAUACCUAAAAAGAAAUUGCCAAACAUAACACUAAGUUUUCGGUGAUAUAUCUGUCUCUUAGAAACAAUAUUUUUAGUUUGGAAAAAGCUUAGUACCUGUACCAUGGAAAGUUAGCUCUAAUUUUAGAUAUUUAAUAAAAACAAACCACAAGGCAGCAAUUCAGAUAAGGUGCUAAAUAUAUUACAUCUUGUUUGGAAAAUUGAACACUUGCAGUUCAAGUGUUACUUUUAAGGAAAUAUGAUUUUUUAUUUCACCGGUCAGGCCAAAUUGGAAAAGUGCAAUAUUGGUUCCUAUCGAACAACGUACUGCAUCAAAAUCAUAGAACUUAAUUGUAUAAAUAAGUCAAUGUCAAGCAUUGGUGUAGCUUAAAUGAUAAAUGAGUUAUCAGAGAUUUAAUUUGGAAUACUUUUAUUCAGAUUUUAUGUGUACCAUUGUUGUCUAGUUCAAGCAUGUGGCAUGGUUUUGUUGUUGUGUAAUACAGAUUACAUGUAUGUAAAUUGUAUAGCUUCACGUUCCAAAACGUUGCACCACCUAUUUUAUGAGAAAUUAUAAUCGCAAAAUAUGGUAAAAACUUUGAUGAUUUCCAUAUAGAUUUAAAUUUUUAUUGCAAUGAUUUCCAGGGUAUAAGAGAAACGUAUUUUGAUGAUAAAUUGUUUUGUUUAUUUCAAGGUGCGACCACCCAAGAACGUAUCGGCAGACACGGCUUAACUUUUGAGAUUUAUUCUGUAAAUACUGGAUAAUAGAAAAUAUCAAUAUUGAGAAGUUCCAACUUUUUAUCUGUAUUAUCAAACACAAAAAGAACAUUGUACAUGUACAUAUCUCUCGAUCUGUUAUAUAGAAUAUGUGAAAAUUAAAAACAGACUGAAAGCUAUGCCUUUCUGAAGGGUAGUAUCUCCUAUGGUUUGAAUCAAAGGAGGGUGAUUUGGGGAGCAAAGAGGCAAGAAUUUCUCUUAAAUGGUUUAAUUUCACAAGAAAGAAUAUUAAAAAUUAAACUUAUUUAAUAUUUAUUUUGUAUAAACAGAAUCAAGACUUUUGAUAUCUUUCUGCUUUGGGUAUUAUAUUGACCAAAUAUUCAAGAUGAAUUGGAAAAGCAUGUUGUUUUUUUUAAUUGGUUAUGGUUUUUCAUCCCGUUUUGUAUGAUUUUUACUUAAUGCUUCAAAAUCCUCAAGCUUAUUGCAUUUAUUUCCUUACAAUAAUAGCUUACCUUCUUACAGUGCUAUUUUUUUUUUUAAAUUACAAGCUAUUUUGGUUGUUGGCAAACCAGUUGCUUUGGAAGUUUCCCUUUGCCUUACGCUUGCCGAUAUUUCGGUCCCUAGGAGGGGCAUAGGUUUAUGGUGUGGCAAUAAUUGGUUGCUUUUUCAUGAUGUACACAGGCUGUUUAUCCAGAUUAAAUCAAGGGAUUAGUAAUUAACACUGUGGAAAAAUCUGACUGUUAAUUAACAUUGUCAUUAACUAUCAUAUAGAUUUAACUUGAUUGUAUGUGAGAUAUAUAUGUGGAGUCCGUGCAUGCCAUUAUAACUGUAAGUGGCAUCCAUUCAUUAAAUAAAAUGCAGGUUUUAUAAUUAUUUAUGAAAUACAUGGAAGCAAAUCUGCAGUGAGAUACAACCGUUGCAUGGAAUAUGCAUAUAUGUAUAAGCCGUGAAGUCUUAACCAGUAAGCUAUUUCUUCACUCAUUACAUUUCAUUUCUUUUUAAAACUAUGAGACCACAUGAUCUCUUUAUGUUCAGGUCAUAGAAACAAUACAGUUCUCCUGUAUGUAUUUAUAUUGUACAUAAUUCAUUAAACAAUUCUUUCUCUUACAUGCAUGAAUAUGCAUUUACAUGUAUAUAGUAUAUAUACACAUUUUACAUGUAUUUUCUCUUAUUCUUUUUUUUUUUAAAUCUGAGAUAAGUACAUGAAGGCAGACUCAGAGUUUUACUAGUCACCUAUCAUUUUAUAACUAUUUAAAACUUGAGUUUUAAUCAACAAUCAUAAAUUUUUUAAAUACAUAUUUCUACAUUUGUCUUGAUUGAAACACAAAUAUAACAAGGUGCUGUAUUGUUGUUAGGAAGUCAUUCAUUAGUACAUGUAUUGUACAGAAAAAGUAGGUCAUAUGACGUGCCAGCAUUUGUACUGCUGUUACUAUUUAUAACUGUACAUACCAAAACACUUGUUUGAAUGGAGUUUCUUGUUGUUCAGAGGUUUUGAUUGUUGUGGUGUUAUAAAUAAAAAAACAAGUUGUUUGUUGUUUUUUCUUCAAGAAAGUCCCAUCUAUGUACUGUACUGUGACAACAACACGCUGUUGGGAUAAUGUUAAACAGUGACAUGUUUUCUUAUCGUAUUCAUGAAUUAUAUAUGAUACAAACAUUUACAAUGUACAUGUUCCAUGAUGUUUUUUUUUUGUAAAGGUACAAGUGACAGAAAAAUCAUGUUUAAUAAUAAAUAUUUAUUUCCUAACAAUA